CUAAUGUAUCUUAAUCAACAGUGUGUACGAAACAAUAAUACUACUAUUAAAGCUAAUAAAAGUUGACAUUUAUCUAAGCAUACACUCGAAAAAAAAUGUUGGAAAACAUAUUUUAAACAUAUUAAAUUACGGUACGAAUAUUAUACGCUAUAUAGCAGUUUCAUUUCGCAUUCAUAUUAAGCUUUCAAGCAAUAUAUCUUUACCGACAAUUUUGUAAUUGUGUAUCUGUGUCGAGCUUCAAAUGUGAUGAAAAUUUUGUAUGCAUUGCUUACAGUUUAGUUUGUUUUGAUCACUAGACUUUAUAGAAGUUAUAUUUUUGAAAGAUUUUCAUUAAAAAUAUGUUCAAGCAUUUAAUAUAUUUAUUAAUGAUUUUUAAAACCAUUCAAGGUUUUGGGCAAUUUCAUUUAAAGCAAUACACGACUCCCGUUGAUUCAAGUGAAAAUGAUAACAGUGUUUUAAGAACCUAUCGCCGUUGCAUGUGGGAACAAUCGAAAUUCUUGCCCAGACGUCUCGUUCUGUUAAGUCUUUGUUCAAAUUUGUUUUGUGAGAAUAAUCAAAUUAUGCAACGUUCCAGGUCAAUUUUUGUAGUGGAAAAAAUGUCUAGACCCAACGACUGUUUGGAUAUAUUGCCCGAACAAUGCGAACAAGGCGAUGAAGAGGAGCUAAUGUAUAAGCCAUUUCCUGAUUGCUGUCCAGUUUAUUGCAAUUUAAAAAAACGUAUGCAACGAUUGAAAACCAUGCAUUUUCGACACCGUAUGCUCCUAAAUAUGCAGCGUCAGCAAGCGGCUGGAGGAACAAAUAUGCUCCUAAAUGAAUACGGCUUGGGAAAUUUUUAAGAAAAAUUAUUUUGUGAUUUUUUUAAAUAUAUAAAUAUAUGUAUGCA